AUGUAUAAACUUCAGAAGCUUGUGGGAAAUGGGUCAACAGCAGCUCCACAAACGCCAGCCCAUGACACAGAGUUCCAUCUAAAUCUACAGACCAAGAGAAGACGAGUGGACAUUGGGGUGAAGAGGAUUAGCUCAGCAGCCACAUCAACACAUACAGCUUCUGCUGUCAUCACUGUCACUCGUGCAGCCAAAUCUACUGUCAACUUUGAUGCCAUGAACUCCCAUCACAGUAGGAAGCAGGAUGUGGUUGAGUGCCAAGGGGCUCAUCUCAAGCAUCGGGACUCAGGUGAGGCUAAGUCAAAUGUUCUCCGCAAACUGCUUAAAAGGGCCAGCUCAUAUGAAGACAACAUGAUACCCUUUUCUGGUGCCACUAUCAUCACCAAGCUACUGAACAGCAACAAGGCAACGAGAGGAACAGGAGGCAGGGAGCCAAUGUUCCCCAGGAAAGCAGAACCUGAACCACCACAGGAGGACACUUGCAGCAGCUCAUCCCAGGAGAGUGCUAAAGAGUGUCUCUCACCAUUUGGACAAAUCGUAGGGACCCAUUUUGACUCGGAGCGGCUAAAUGAAGAGCACCUUCAGGCCAAGCGUGCACGCGUCGAGAACAUAAUUCGUGGAAUGAACCACUCACCAAAUGCGAUGACACCCUCUAUCCCCAGUGGAAAAGAUUGUGAGCGGGAUGGAGAGGGAGAAACCGAGGUUCCUGCUCAGUCCUUUAGCCCACGAGAAGGCUAUCGUGAGAACAAGAGGAAACAAAAAUUACCUCAGCAGCAGCAGCAGAGCCUUCAGCAGCUGGUUUCCACACAUACCGAGCAGAAGGUUGAAGAACGCAGGCAGUUGAAACUACAGUUGGAAGACCUGCAGAAACAGCUGAGACAGCUUCAGGAGAAGUUCUUCCAGAUCUAUGACAGCACAGAUUCUGAAGCAGAUGGAGGGAAUCUCUCAGAAGACAGUGCACAAUCUGAUGGAAUGCUUGGUCAUGGCGGUAUCGCUGAACACCAAAGUUACGUGGCUGAUCAAACUAAUAAUUUGAUAGCGGCUUCAGAUCCGGAAUGCGUUCUAGAUGAGGCGAGGGUCCUGCUCAGUGAACAAGUAUUGCUAGAUGGAGAGAUGGCCAAACGGGAGAGUUCUUUGAGGAGCAAAGGUUUGAUGUCUAUGCACGAAGUAGGCAAGCAUCUGGCAGAAACCCUGAAGCAGGAGCUGAACUCUGCCAUGUCUCAAGUGAUAGACACCGUGGUGAAUGUUUUUUCAAAACCUCCACGGCCACGGUUACAAGUAUUCCCAUCACUUCCAGCAACCCAGGACCGCUUUGCUUUUAAUGGGGACAACCCAAACUUCCACACUGCUAAUCAGAUGCUGCAGUGUUUUGGUGAUGUUAUCUUUCCCAGGCCAUUUGACUCCUUUGUUGGAGUCCCUCUUCCUAGUGCCAAUGACCAGAUGGAGGCACUACCACUGGUGGUACAAAAGUCUGUAUCUGAACACCACCAGUCCACAGAUCUUGGAGCACAAAGUGGCCACCCACAUCCCUCCCUACACACUUCUUCUCUUUCUGGAAACACAGGCUUCAUCUCCCCAUCAUUCCGUCAUCCAUUUCCGCUUCCUCUCAUGGGUUACUCCUUUCAGAGCACUCUUGGUGCUUCAUCAACAGGAUACUCUAGUAAAGAAUCUCCUGAUUUGAUGGAUCUGUCAAGGGAGACCACCAGCUUACGGAAAAGAAUGACUUCCAGUCACCAUCUGAUGCAUGACCGUUCCUGCUCACCAGGUUUCUCAGAAAGCACUGGUGAAGGGCUGUCACUCGUCAAGUCUGAAUGUAGGGAACUCAAUCCACUGUCAGACAUCUCGCCACUCUCAGAGAGUACAAUCCAGGAGGGCUUGUCCCCAAGUCACCUGAAGAAGGCCAAACUGAUGUUCUUCUACAGCAGGUACCCAAGCUCCAGCAUGCUCAAGAUGUACUUCUCAGAUGUGAAGUUUAACAGGUGCAUCACAUCUCAGCUGAUAAAGUGGUUCAGCAACUUCAGAGAGUUCUACUACAUCCAGAUUGAGAAGUUUGCCCGGCAGGCCAUAAAUGACGGUGUGGUGGCAGCGGAUGACAUCAGAGUGAGCUGUGAUUCGGCGCUCUACAAAGUGCUUAACAUGCACUACAAUAAGGCCAACGAUUUUGAGGUCCCUGAACGUUUCUUGGAGGUAACUCAGAUUGCGCUACGCGAGUUCUUCAAUGCCAUAGUGGCCUGUAGAGAUGCGGAUCCAUCGUGGAAGAAGGCCAUUUAUAAAGUCAUCUGCAAACUGGACUCUGAGGUUCCAGAUUUAUUUAAAUCGCCCAGUCGUCUUCAGGAACUUCUACAUGAUUAACGUUACAAAACAUCACUAAAAUGCUUUUCUACCCUUUUUUAAUGUAUAUUAAUAAUUUGAGUUGCAGGAUUUUACCUGUUUGUUUUUAAGUAUUUUUCUGGCU